AUGACGGACGAGUCCAAGCGUUUGCUCAAAGAGCAUUGUAGUUCGUUUUCUCCUGUUAUCUUGGGUAUUAUUGAACCUAAGAAAGCUCUUCGUAAAAUUCGCCAAAACUUCUGGACUUCGGUGAAUUUAGUCCCGGUGCACCAGAACUGUAGAGAUCCUAGUUGCCCGAACAUUUGGAUCCUUGCUCAGCCUUCUGUUGUUACCACUGUCAUCUUUUCUUCGUCUCAGGCGGUUAUCGUUGAUUGUAUCUGGCAGAAUCUUUGCUUUCGUGUUGCCAUUAUUCAUGGGGCUAAUGAACAAACUCUUAGACGUGAUCUUUGGAGAGAUUUGCUUCACUUUACUUCUGGUAACACCGUUUUUAUUGGGGAUUUUAAUGCCGUGAAAGGUGCCAAUGAAAGAAUCAGCACUGCUUCUCCGGCCAGAAGCUCGUGUAUGGAGUUUUGUUCCUUUAUUGAUGAUACUUGCUUUAUCGAGUCCCCUACUGACGGGUUGCGUUUUACUUGGUCGGGUCGUCGAUUUCUUCCUCGUCAUGUGGAAUCCAUUCUUGACAGAGCUCUGUUCUCUCAAAGCUUUGCUGAUCUUUGGGACUCGGUCACCACUUCGAUCCUUCCCCGGGUUACUUCUGACCACUCUCCUCUCGUUUUAAGAUGCAAUCGUUUUUGCUAUUCUGGCAAACGUCAGUUCCGUUUCUUGAACAUGUGGGUUCUGCAUCCUACGUUCCAGGAGACGGUCCGUACUUCGUGGCAGAAUGCCGUUAGCACUAGCUGCCCGAUUCUUCUUGUGAUGCUGAAGCUGAAGCGGCUUCGCUCUGUUAUUAAGAACUGGAAUAAGGAGAUCUUUGGAAACGUUGAUCUGAGGAUUGCGGAGUUUCAGCGACAGUUAGCUAUAACUCAGGGAAAGAUCUCGGAUACUGGCUAUACCGAUACUUUAUUUGAUGAGGAGGUAAGUUUACAGGCUGAGCUGAAUAUUGCGCUUACGCAGAAAAAUAAUCUCUUACAGCAGAAGAGCAGGGCUACCUGGUUACAUGAUGGGGACAGAAACACUUCUUUUUUCCACAGAUUGACGAAGUUUAAAAAACGGAGAACGUCGAUCACUCGGCUUCGUGUUAAUGGUGUGGACACUUAUGAUCAACACACCAUUGAACAGCAUGUUGUCGAGCAUUUUUCUGCUCUGUUUUCUGAUGAUGGCAGCCCGCACGCUGACCCUAUGGAGGUGGAGGCGCUCAUUGAGCAUUCUGUUUCUGAGGAGCAGAAUCAUACUUUGGUCUGUAUUCCUGAUGAAAGUGAGAUUGCGGCGGCGGUUUUUGGUAUGGAUUCCAACAGUGCUCCUGGCCCGGAUGGCUUUUCGGGAAAGUUCUUUCAUAGUUGUUGGGAGACUCUUAAGACGGAUGUGGUUAAGGCGGUCCAGACUUUCUUCUCUAGAUCCUAUCUUCCCACUGGUUGCAAUUCGAGCACUAUGAUUCUUAUUCCUAAAAAGGAAGCUGUUGCUUCUGUGGCUGACCUUCGUCCCAUUGUGCUCUCGAAUUUCUUAUUCAAAAUCAUUUCGAAGAUUCUGGCUUCGAGGCUUAGUGUGGUGGCUGCCACUCAUGUUUCUGCUAACCAAUUUGGCUUUAUUAGCGGGCGGAAUAUUCAUGACUGCGUUAUGCUCAGCUCUGAGGGGUUCAACUGUAUGCAAAGGACAAAUCGGGGAUACAAUAUGGCCUGCAAAAUUGAUAUCAAAAAAGCCUUUGACACUAUUCGUUGGGAGUUCAUUGUGCAAGUUCUGAGGGCGAACGGAUAUCAUGAGACUUUCAUCAGGUGGAUUUCUAUCAUCUUUCAAUCUGCCAGGCUUUCGAUUUUGUUCAAUGGCAAGAUCAGUGGUUAUUUUGCUUGCUCUCGUGGCGUCAGGCAAGGGGAUCCUCUUUCGCCUAUUCUUUUUGGAAUUGCUGAAGAUGUUUUAAGCCGUCUCAUAAGCAGCUGUGUGGACUCUAGACAUCUCGUUCCUAUGGGAUUCAGUAGGAAUGCCCACUUCCCUACGCACCUGUUUUAUGCGGAUGAUAUCAUUCUUUUCUGCACUGCCACUGUUCGGAAUGCACGUAAGAUUCAGGAUAUUUUGACCUAUUAUGGCUCCAUCUCUGGGCAGAUUUGCAGCCAGGAAAAGUCGAACAUUUAUUUUGGCUCCAAAGUUCCCACUGAGAGAAGACGGGCUAUUCAGCGUGCCAUGGGAUUUGCUAUUGGGAAUCUGCCGGUGAUCUAUUUGGGCGUUCCUAUUUUCAUAGGACGUCCCCGUGCCUCUUAUUUUAUGCCCAUCUUCGAUCGUAUUGUGCAGAAAUUUGCCAGGUGGAAAGGUCUUCAGCUCUCCAUUGCUGGUCGUCUUUGUCUUGUUCGCUCGGUGAUCCAGAGUUCGAUUGUGCAUUCAAUGAUGGUUUAUCGGUGGCCUAAAUCUCUGCUGCAUUCCUUGGAUAAGAAGUGCAGGAACUUCGUCUGGACCGGGAACAUUGAUGAGCGACCUAAAUGCUCGGUUAGUUGGGGGCGUGUGUGUGCGCCUAAGGAAGAGGGAGGACUUGGAAUUAAAUCGUUUACCUUAAUGAAUCAAUCCUUCUUGAUGAAGUUGGCUUGGAAGAUGAUUAAAGGUGUUGAUUGGGCUCACAAGAUCAUGAGGUCUCGUUAUCUUACUCCGUUCGGUUAUGCCAAAGAACAAAUUGCUAAUUCUUCUAUUUGGCUUGGUGUCAAGCACGAGAUAAAUAAUUUGGUGGAGGACUCUUACAUUUAUGUUAACCGUGGAGAUAGCACGUAUUUUUGGCGGGAUGACUGGCUCGGCUACAAACUUGUGGACAAGCUUUCUAUUCCUCAUUUUAUGCAUGAUUAUCUCCAGUUUUCGGUGCAGGAUUAUUACUAUGAUGGUCUCUGGCACUUUUCUGCUUCUUUUGUCAACAAGUUCCCUGAUAUUGUGGCGGACAUCUUGCUUGUCCCUAUGGGAGAGGAACAAGACGCACGGUUCUGGAAACACUCGCUUAAGGGAGAGGUCUCGGCGGCUCUUGCUUUUUCUAGCAAAUGUCACCGUUUUCCCAAAGUGAAAUGGGGAAAGUGGAUUUGGGAGGGCUACAUUCCGGUCCGCCGUUCUAUAUUAUGCUGGCGUGUUCUUCAUGAGAGACUCCCCACCAUGGACAUUCUUAUUCGGCAAGGUUUGACAGCUCCUAAUGGCUGUCCUAUUUGCUACUUGGAGGCGGAAUCCAUUUCGCAUAUCAUGUGGAGUUGCUCCAAAGUCAGGCCUUUGUGGAUUGCUUUGCUCUCUUGGUUCGGCAAAGAAGAUUUUCUGAAUUCGUUGGAUAUUCAUUCUUUUUUGGUUAUUGCUUGGAAUACUCACUUUAGUGCGCAGGUUCUUGCGAUCUGGAAAGCUGCCAUUCUCACUCUCAUGUGGAAGAUUUGGGAUGCCAGAAAUGCGACGAUUUUCGAAGACCUCCAGUUUAGCAACCAAUCUAUUCUUGCUUUUGUUAAAGCUUUCUUGAAAGAAUUAGAUGUCAAUUUCCAAAAGCUUGGUACGAUGGAUAAUACUUGGAGUGAUUACUUAAUCACUAGAGAGCUUGGGGUCAGAGGUCGGGUCGCACCUCCUCCUCGUAUGAUUGAGGUUCAUUGGUGGCCUCCUGUGGAUCAUUGGAUUAAAGUAAAUACUGAUGGCUCGGCUGAUGGGGCGCCUGGUAACAUUGCCGCGGGUGGGGUUUUUCGUGACAAUUGGGCUAGUGUUCGUGGUUGUUUUCAUAUUAAGGGAGGGACUGGCUAUGCUUUUGAAGCGGAGCUUCUAGCGGUCAUUACCGCUAUCAACAUUGCUCAUGAUCGUGGUUGGCAUUACUUGUGGAUUGAAGCGGAUUCGAUGGAGGGUAAUCAACCUGCGGAUGUUAUGGCAAAUGGCAAUAGGCAGGAGGGAUGGUGGCCGUUUGCCAUUGAUGAGAUCAAGCUUGCGGUUGCGCGCGAUAUGUCGUCUCAAAGUCAUGGAGCAGCUUUGGUCGUUGAUGUGCUCUCUCGCUGGUUUUUACCUAUGACCUAUGUCUCUGUUUGGAAUAGCUUGUGUGAGGAUUCUGUGCUUGAUAGGGACUUCGCGGCUUUGGUGAACAGGUGGCUUGGGAAUGACGGCGGUAACGCCGAGAGUUGGGUUCAGGCGAAGUAUGGGGUUUGGGGCUGUUCUGAUGUGAGCUGGAGUUGGGGUUGGAGUGGCAGUGGAGCUCUUCCGUGUCCGGGUGAGCUCGGCUCGGGGGUGAAACUGGUCGGACUCUUUUGGAUCUCGACUUCCUCUCUUGGAGUCGGGUUUUGGUGGGAUUCAGCGGAGGCCGUCAUUGACGAGCUGAAUCUCGGAAGUUUUAUCUCCUCCUUUGUUUUGCUUACACGAUACACCGGGUUUACGUCACUCGUCUUUGGUGCGCGCUGUUUGGUUUCCGUGUUUGAUUUGUGUCUUUUGUCUGUUGUUUCUUUGUGUUGGGAAGCCGAGCAACUUAGGGGUGAUGGUUAG